UGGCCAGGCGGACGAUGUACGUCCUGUUUAGGUUCCGUGUAGAAACAAGUCUGUGUCGACUCACUUGGGUGUUUAUGUCUGUAGAGUUUUAGUGACGUUUAAAUGGACGGGCAGCAUCGCGGUAAAGGAAGCAGAGGAAGAGGAGGAGGGUGGAGAAGAAACCAAGAUGAGAGCAGAGACAUGCGUCUGUCCAGAUCCCUGACUUAUGCCCUGAGACAUGGUGCUGCUAAGCUGGGGCUUAAUAUGGGCUCAGACGGCUUUAUAUUUGUGGAUGAACUCCUGAGUCAUGGACAGUUCAGCUCAUUUUCACCAGAGGAUGUAGAGAGAGUGGUGGCCAUGGAUGACAAGCAGCGCCUUAAAUUGCAAGUCCAUCCUGAGAAUGGACGCCUACAGAUCCGAGCCAAUCAAGGACAUACUGUACAGGUCCAGGACCUAGAAUUGACGGCAGUGGUUCUGGAUGCUCCAGACUGUCCACAGGAGGCCGUUCAUGGGUCCUACAUGAAGCAUUGGCCGUCAAUCCGUAGCCAGGGCCUGUGCAGGAUGGACAGAACACACAUCCACUUGGCACCUGGGCUGCCUGGAGAAGGCCAAGUUAUCAGUGGGAUGAGACAUAAUUGUGAUCUUGCUGUGUACAUCAAUGUCCACAAAGCUCUAGCAGAUGGAAUUGAAUUUUACUGGUCAGAAAAUAAAGUGCUGUUGACGCCAGGUGACGCUGACGGAGUGUUGGGUCCUCAAUAUUUCUUGCGUGCACAAAGACUGAAACCUUCAUCAUGCGAUCUGGAUCUGGAAUAGACAAUGGAAAAAGAUGUAUUGAUCGAUUGAAACGUAAUGGACUGGGAAACCCGUGUAUCUUAAGUUUCUUAUAGAGCCUGUAUUUUACCCUUUGAGACAUAGUACAUAAAUGUAACAUGAUGGAAGCUUGGUCUAACUGAGAUGCAUGUCACAGAGACUAUCUGAAAAGAGACAGGAACUUCUUGUGGUCUGGUGAACUGAAGCCUGCAUGAUGUUAGACAAAGAUAAGAAAGUUCUUUUGUGAAAAAAUAAAUAAAUGUGAUAAACAGCU